AUGGUGGUGGCGUUUCUCUCCGAAACCGAUAAUGCUCUGUGGAAAAGAAUUUUGAAGUCUGUACAUGAAAAUAAGGGGUUAAAAGCAUCGGCGGACGCUUUUCACAAGGUUAAAGAUGGUACAUGGGCUCAUCUUCUGAGUAACGACGCCGACACGUCCAGAAUUAGAUCAAUCAUAGAAGAAGGCAUGCUUGUGAAAGUCGAAAAUGGAAACUCCGUUCGUUUUUGGCAUGAUAGGUGGUGUGAAGUCGGAAUGCUAAAAAGGGCAUUCCCUAGAUUGAACCUAUACGAAUGGGAAAAUGGCGAGAUCUCAAGGCUCAAGAACCACAUUGAACGGAUCAAACCAGACAGGGAUAGGGAAGAUAGGGUGGUCUGGAAACACUCGGGUAGUUUGUAUUACCCUACAAAGAGCAUUGGGGCGAAAAUGUUCGAGGAGCAAGAGCCCAUUCUAUCCAAACCUCUAAUCAAUCUCAUAUGGCAAAGAUUCAUCCUUCCAAGAGCACAGUUGUCCGUAUGGUUGGCUAAUCUAGAAAAACUCAAAACUGGUGAUUUUCUUGCAGAAAAGGGUAUUAUUAACACUCAACUGGCCGUUUGCCCAUUCUGUAACACAGAAACAGAGUCAAAUUCUCAUAUCCCGUUUACAUGCAGUUUCGCCUGGAGGUCCUGGAUGAAAAUAUUGAAAUGGUGGGGCAUUUCUGCGGUUCUCCAUAGUCGAUGUAGAAACUUCAGUAUUGAAUGGUUUGGUCUGGUGAAAAGCCGAAAAUGA